AUGGCUAUGGUAGGGCAAAUUUACGUCGAGAGGCUUUCCCCCCAGCCAACCCCAGCGAACCCACCACUUCCCAUUAUUUUUAUUGCAGGCGCAGCUCAGACCGGCAAUAAUUUCCUUGAUACUCCUGACGGACGGCCAGGAUGGGCAUCCUAUUUCAUCUCCAAAGGUCACACAGUCUACCUCUCAGACCAACCUGCGCGCGGCCGCUCGUUCUGGUUUCCCGGACAGAGAAGUAUUGGGUACAUUGGCUCCCCCAAUUCUGUCUCUGAUAUUUUCACCGACGUAGCAAAUAACGGCAACCGAUGGCCACAGGCGAAGCUUCAUACCCAAUGGCCUGGCACCGGUCGCAUUGGUGACUCAACGUUCGACGCUUUCUACAGAAGCCAGAUGCAGUUCCAGACCGAUCGCUUCAUAAGUGAAGAGCAAAAUGCGCAGGCAUAUUCAGCUCUAGUCGACCUCGUAGGCGACUGUUUUAUCAUUAGUCACUCGCAGGCGGGUGCAUACGGUUGGAGGGUCGGAGAUAUGCGGCCAGAUCUAGUCAAGGGUAUAGUCCAGCUCGAGCCGUCUGGUCCACCGUUCACGCUUCGGCCGCCGUUUGGGAAUGACUCAGCUUUCGCUUUCGGUCUCACCGACCUUGCAAUCGGAUACGAACCGUCUGCAGGCAAGAAUGCCGAAAAUAUCGAGACAACUAUCGAGCCAGCAAUCGACGCUGAUCACGAGCAGUGCAUCAUGCAGAAGUACCCAGCGAAGCAGUUGACGAACCUGAGAAAAAUCCCGGAACUUGUUGUUACAGGCGAAGCAUCGUUCCAUGCGCCAUACGAUUAUUGUACCGUCAAAUAUCUGGAGCAAGUUGGCGUAGACGUUGAUUACGCGGAUCUAGGAAACGAGGGCAUUCAUGGUAACGGACACAUGUUCUUCAUGGAGAAGAAUAACAUUGAGAUCGCAGACCGAGUGUACGAGUGGCUGGGAAAACACCAAUAA